ACUCAACUUGCGACAAGCAGCAGACAGGCGUGUUGGGAGCAAGCACAAGUACGCACGUUUGCAAAGCAGGAGCAGACGGUUGGUUGCGCUCAGCAGAAUAGAAGCGCAAGGAAGAGACUGGACCAGGAGUGACCGAGGCACUUGUUGGUAGAAGGAAGACCAAGCGUGGGAAGCGAGACUAUGUCGUCUGACAACGGGCCUCCACCGUUCAUGAUGCAGCUGGAGACGCCACCGGGAGGCUCGCUGGGCUCUGCGGGCGUCUCUGGCGGGCGCAGCAUGGGGCGCGAGGCGCUGGCCUCGUUUGAGCUCGACGACCUGCCGUUUGCCGACGACAAUGACAUGUUUGCGCGGCUCAAGUUCUCGGGCGCCUCGCCGUCGCUACAGUCGAACGGGUCCGAGUCGGGCAUCGGCGCGGCUGUGGCUGCCGCGGCCAUGCGGGCGGCGGCGGUUGACUCGCACGAGUACUCGCACAUUCCGACCAUGGCGCCCGGCAGCGUGGCACCAGGCCUGCCUACGCUUGCGCCGCAGCUGGUGCCCGAGGCCGAGGACUCGCUCUCGGCCCACAUGCAGGAUAUGGAGCUCAACUCGUCGCGGCCGCCGACGCUGUGGGCGCAGCAGCGGCGUGGCAGCGAGGGUGCGGGCGCGGGCGUAGCAGGCGGGGUGAGCGGGGUGAGCGGGGUGAGCCUGGCGGCUGGCACCGGGGUCUCGCUUGACUCGACGGGUGCGUACCUAGGCAUGCUCAGCUCACCGCUCAUGCUCCAGUCAAUGUCGUACCCGCCGCCGCUGUCAACGGGUUGGACGCCACCGGGCGGGCAACCAGGAUCGGGUGGGCUUGUCGCUGGCGACCUAGAUCGCAUUCCAAUGCCGCCGCCGCCGACCGGCCCGCUCGCUGGCAUGGGCCAACUCCCAGUUCCGCCUCCAGGCGCGGGAGGGGCGGGAGGGGCGGGAGGGGCGGGAGGCGCGCCGGGCGGCUCUGGUCCGCCUCCGUCGUCGGCGCCGCCGGCGAAAAGUGCUGGAAGUGCCGCGUCGCCGUCGGGCACGUGGCAGCCACAGCUGACGAAGGAGGCCCUGUUCAAGGCCAAGUCGAGCGGGAGUGGCGCCAAGGCCAAGGGCUCGGCGUCGGCAAGCAGCAAGUCGGGCGGCAAGAAGAAGAAGGGCUCGAAGGCCCGCGGAAGCGGCAAGAAGAAGACAUCGCAAAAGGCCAACAUGGAGUUCCUCGCUCUCCAUCCCGACGACGAGCGGCUCCUCCCGCCGCGUAAGACCGACAAGGCUGUCCGCCCGACAGAUCCCAAGCUGCUCGGCCUGUGGCGGAAGGAGAACCACAAUGAGGUCGAGCGGCGGCGGCGGCUCUUUAUCAAUCGCCUCCUUCUUCAGCUCCAGCAGGCUAUCCCAGUCCUGCGUCCACUCAAGCGCUCGUCCAAGGUUGUGGUCCUUUCGUCGGCGCUCGAGCACAUCGAGCGGCAAAAGUCUGACAUUGAGGACCUGAUGGAGGAGAACGAGGCGCUGCGCGAGCUCGCACUCUCGCUCGGUGCCGCCCCGGACGCACUGCCAGAGCCCGUCGUUCUGGCCUCAAGCGACGACGACCCGACAACACACCCAGUCAUCUCCAAGCGCCGCCGCAAGCGCCGUGUCUUUACCAUGGAGGGCAAUCCUGUUGAGGAUAACGUCGCCGACGACGUCUCACCAGACGACGCCGCGGACGAGGAGUCUGGCAGCGAUUCGGGGCGUGGCGACGUCGACGAUGGCAAGACUGCUGCCCAGCGGCGUGCCGAGCGUGCCCGCAAGCGUGCGCGGGUCAACACCGUGGACGAUAAUGUGCAUAACAAAUCCUGAACAGUGUUGC